AUGACUGAAGCCCAAGAGUUGGGUAGGAUGAAAAGAGUCCGAAAUGGCCACAGAACAUCAACAAAACGAACAAUUUCUGCAGCGAAUGAUCUCUUGACAAGUGUUGACGAUAAAUCUAAACUAGCACCUCAUGUUGUGAAGCUUACACUUAAAAAGAAAACACUCGAAGAUAAACUAGUUGUAUUUCAACAACAAGACAAUGCUAUUCUGGAACUAGUAGGUGAUGAUCACAAUCGCUAAAAUGUUUGUGUUGCGUGUUGAAAUGUAUAUUAAGCAGCGCUAUUUAUAGAACUACAUUGUUUACUACAUUGACCUCGACAUUGACAUUGUAUUUCAUACAGUAUGAUAUAGCGCUCGAUGCUUUAUACGCCUAUGCUCGGGUUGAAGGCUUAAUUAAAUAUUCAAGACAAAAUACAUGUAACAAUAACUAAAUACCAAUAGGCAAUAGCAGAGCUUGUUUAGCCUAAGCCAUUCUUUCUUUGAAUACCACGACAUUUGAAAACCUUUCCCGAUCGGGCAUGUCGAAAGAUCUGGCGUUUGUCUCUGCUUAUAAACAAUAAUAUUCUGCUGAGCAGAAAAUGGUUUUUUCCACCAAUUCCCAAACAAUUUCUUUAGCUUCGAGUAAAGAAGAAGUCGACAUGCUUGAAUGACCUGAAGACGUGUUCAUUCAGGCUGAAAGCUUCGAGCUAAGAGGCUAUGAUCAGGUUGUGUUGCCCGUUUAGUCAUGCAAAACGAAAAUUGCAUGACCAAGGCAAUCUCGUACCCAGAGCAAUGCCUGUGCGCGGGCUAGGAUGGCAUUGGCUCUGGGGAAAUUGAAUUUUUCCUGUGCUGUGAUUGGUUUAACGUUUAUCUAGGGGUUUAAUUUUAUUUAGGGGUUCCGGUUUUCAAUUUCCCCAGAGCCAAUGCCAUCCUAGCCCGUGCACAGGCAUUGCUCUGGGUACGAGAUUGUGACCAAGGCGUCAAAAACAGCCGCAUUGCGCGUGCGCGAACGUCGUAAGCCAAUCAGAAAACAACAAACCUAAUAUAAAAUAAUAUGGCUAGUCAUGAAAAUUCUGGAAAUGCAUGACCAAAACACACAGCGAGCAACCACGCAGCAAUCACACGCGUACGCAAUCGUUUUCCACGCGCUUACGCAACCGGUUAUGCAUGUGAAAAUAUGCAGGACCGCUCUGUUGCCAAGGUAACAAAGCCAAAAUCAACAACAUACGAGAAUAUUUAGCAAAAAUAUCGCCUAAAGGAAGACAACUACCAUCUGGCGCAGUCUUACAGAUGGGGGGCUCUACAAUCAGUUGUACUUAUUGCCAAGGUCCACACACCUCUAAAAGUUGUCAAACUGUCUCAAAUGUCACAGCCCGAAAGGACAUUUUACGAAAAGGCGGUCGGUGUUUCUUAUGCCUAAAGAAAAAUCACUUGUGUCGAGAUUGCAACUCUAAAACUCAGUGCUUCAAAUGUCGUAGUAGGCAUCACAUAAGUAUCUGCACGAAAGAUAACAAUGAGCGAAAGUCCGAAAACCCUGCCAAUGUUCAGAAAGAUGCACAACAGGACCAAGGAUUACAAGCUCAGCAGAAAACUGGAUCGGAAAAUAAUCCCCUCAAACAACAAACCAAUGGAACAAAUCUUUUGGUGAGCUCCAAGACACCUGUCCUUCUGCAGACAGCCCAAGCAACCAUUACGCAAGACGAUACAACAGUGAACAGUGCGAAGGUGAGAGUCAUUCUGGACAGCGGUAGGCAGCGCUCUUAUAUAACUAAUGGAGUAAGAAAUCAGCUAAAUUUACCUACAGAGAAAACAGAAACAAUGGUAAUAAAAACAUUUGGUUCAGAAGAAGAGAGAAUUCAAACCUAUGAUUCUGUAA